UCUAACGGAGAUUUUAAUGAACUUUUUGAUUCAAAAGGCCGAUGCAAUAAAUGGCAUGCCCUCAUUUUGGAAUAUUUUCACCCAAAGGUAGAUGAAGAUUGUGGAUAUGGAUAAGGCCAAGCAUCUCAAGAACGUCUGCAAAAAUUGUCAAAAUAAAAUGUGGGAGUUUCACAUAUUUCAAGAGUUUGUCCGGCAGUGUCAAAUAUGUCUGCAUAGAACCGAAGUCGAAGUGGUCGUGAAAAACGAAGUUGUUGUUGAUGGUGACGAUGUUAACCUGGGCAACGAUGAUAAAAUAGAGGACACAAGACCCAUGCCCCCAUUAACAUAUUUGACCCCCAUUCACCCAUUAAUAUAUAGGGGUGACAAUCAAAUGACUUUCCAAAUCACUGAGCUUGAAGCGAACUCUGAAGACGAGGUAAAGCCCAAUAUUGCUCUACCAGAGUUGGAAAUAGACGAUGUUCACGCAGAUGCCGAAUCAAUGCCAGAGAAGGAUGAUGAUAAUGAAGACGAGGCUGAAUUUAUCUCGAACAAAGAGGAGGAGAAAGGUGGUGGUGAUAAUGUUGCAGAAGAUGACGAAGAGAACGAUAGUGAUGGCUAUGAAGUUUUAAUGGACAGCAAUUGGGAUGACCCUAAUAAAGUUGAUGAGCUUCAGGCCAUUUGGUUGCCAAAUAUACAGUGUGUCUAUUGCCCUCUCGCAUACCCAAACUUUAAGCUGUUGAGAAAACACAUGCAUCUCAAACAUCCCAAUAAUGAGUUUUGCAUUUCAUGCUGUAAUCGUACGCUGUAUAGUCGUCGCCAAAUAAGCGAUCAUUUAUUGGUGCACAGUGAUCCAAAGAUCUUCGAUUGCAAAAGGUGCAACAAAUCAUAUACGUCCAUUGAUGGCUUGAGAGGUCACAUCUACAGUAUGCAUGCUAAUCGUAUGAAGUUUAAAUGCAACCUAUGUAGUAAACGCUUUCUUCACCAAAAGGGCCUUGAAUUGCAUCGGAAACGUUAUCAUGGCAACCCCACAGCCAUGCCGCCGGAAAUAAAAACGACUGCAGAUGGCAGAACAGUAUUUGGUUGCCGUCAAUGUGCAAAUGUUUAUAUAACGGAAAAAUCCUUUAAGAGACAUCGUUAUAAUAAACACUCACGGGAUGGCAAGCAUGGAUGUGAAAUUUGUGGAAAAUUCUUUAAGUCCAUACUUGGUUACAAAAACCAUAUGUCCUUACACUCCGAGAAAAGAACUGAGCCUACCACUUGCAUUGCAUGUGGCUGUUUGUUUGUAAAGACCACUCCUCAUAGCGAGCGUAGAAAAAAAUCGGAUCCCUUUUACCACCCCGAAAAGUGUAAAAAUUGUAUUUGUGCAGAGGUUAUGCUGAAUGCUCGUCGCCGGUUGGCCGAGGAUGUGUUGAGGUCAGAUACCUAAGAUUUUUGUAUGCUACAAAAAAUGUCACAAAAAAAACUUAACAUCGUAAA